AUGAAUAUUCAGACUCCACCCACACUUCAGGAGCUGGCAGUGCGUAGUCUGCUGAGAAAUGAGGCCAUGGCCAUGUCCUAUCUUGGGGAGCUCCCUGCUGUGCUCUUCCCAGAAGUGUUCAAGGAGGCAUUUGCAGGAAGACACAUCAACAUAGUGAAGGAAAUGGUGGCAGUUUGGCCUUUCCCCCGUCUCGCAGUGGGGGCACUGAUGGAGACACCCAACCUGGAAAUCUACAAGACUUUGCUAGAUGGAGUAGACAUGGGACUGAAAGAAGAGUUUCAGCACAGGGAGAAAAAUCUUAAGGUCUUGGACCUGAGAAAUGUUCACCAUACCUUCUGGAACAUAUGUGCUGAUGAAGGGAAGAGUGGCUGUUCAUCUGAGACACUGGACAAGAAGCAAGCAGUGAAGGUCUUUCCCAGAUAUGCACUGAGGCAGCGUCUGAGGGUCAUAGUUGACCUGUCCCUCAAACUAAGCCUCAAUAAAACACAAGCAUACUUCUUGAAUUGGGUACAGCAAAGAAAGAGCUCCCUGCAUUUCUGCUGUAUAAAGAUGAAAAUCUGGUCUCUCCCAUUCCAAGAUAUCAAAGGGAUCUUGAAUGUUUUUGACAGAGAGCAGAUUGCAGAAUUAGAACUGCAUACCAAGUGGACUCUGUUACAGCUGAGACAUUUUGCUCACUACUUUGGACAGAUGAGAAAUCUUCGCAAACUUAUCCUGGCACCCCUCCAUAUGACAACCUUCUCUACAAUUGAAAGAACAAGGGUCAGAGAAACCAGGAGUGUCAACAAUUUUAUUUCUCAGUUCUCUCAAUUCAACUGUCUGCAGCAUCUCUUCAUGAGUCAAGUUCAUUUCCUCAGAGUCCAGAUGCAUCAGAUUUUAGGGUGCCUGAUGACGCGCUUGGAGACCCUCUCCAUCACUAAUUACGUAACUUCACAGAGAGACUUGAAUUCCUUGUCCUGCUGUGAGAGCCUCUUUCAGUUAAAACAUCUGGAUCUGAGAGGAACAGUCUUGUAUUCACUGGAUCUUAUGCCUCUGAGAGCUCUGCUACAUAAAGUGGAAGACACGCUAGAGAUUCUGCAAUUAGAGGGGUGUAGAAUGAUUGACUCACAACUCAAUGCCCUCCUUCCUGCCCCUCGGACAAUGCAGCUCACCAAGAUCAACCUCUACAAAAAUGACUUCUCCAUGCACAUCCUAAGGGCCCUUUUGCAGCACACAGACAACUGGAACAAGAUCGUUGUGGAACAAUACCCUGCUCCUCUGGAGUGCUAUGAGUUGUCCCAUGUCUCCAGAGAAAGAUUUUCACAACUUUGUUCUCAGCUCAUGGAUACAGUCAGGACAAUAAGGCAGCCCAAGAACAUCGCCUUUGCUUCAAACAUGUGCCAAAGAUGUGCCAAGCACUGUGUCUAUACCAAGGCUUGGGAAACAUCUCUCGUGGGGUUUUUCGAGAUUGUGGCUUUUGAUACUGCUCAGAUGUUUGGGGAAAAAUUAUGUACAGAGACUGGGAUCUUGCAGGCCAAACGUGACAUGGGGAACAGUGGUAUGGUCAUCCUGUCUGCUGCAUGCAGUGCUGUGUCGUUCGACCCCGAAGUGGCCUCACCUCAGGAGCACAACCCACAGAGCACAGAUUGA